GAUGAUUAGAAAUAUAAUUAAUACGGGCCAGAGUUAUGCCGCUGCGAGCACUUUAUUUCACUUUUAUGUUUUACCGGAAAAUUAACGUACACGGCAGAAACUAACGUUGUAAGGACCCAGAGUAGUUUCGACUUUAGUGAAUGGUCGUGGAAAGUAAAUCUCUGAAAUCACCCACGGUCACGCAGAACUCCAACAGGAAGGAAGGAUGGAUGAUUGAGGGGGGAAGGGAAAGAGUGGAGGUUAUAAGCACAGAAUUACGCUAUCGUGUUUGUGUUGUUGAGCCGAACUCAGGAGAGGACGAUCAAAACAACUGAAGUAGUAUUAUAAGGACAGACACAGUGUUUGAGCUUUCCGUCCAGAGUGUUUAAGGGGAUUUUUGAAAGGGCCGAAUAAUUUGCUGAUGCUUUAGACGUCAGUUGUCAUUGCACAGACCUGCACACAUCUUGCUUCCUGCAGUCAAAACACUUUCACUUCCAUUCGCACACAUUCUGACUCUCACACACUGGUUUGUGAAGAAAUCACACCCUCUUACACUCGCAUGUACAGACAAAUACACACAAACCUGUAAUACACGCUCCAUACUCAAGUCAGGCACACACCAUCAUGGCCAACAUUCAACCAUAUGGCUGCUUCACCCAUGCUGUCGUCAGAGGGAUUCCAGAAUCCUUCGGGAGGUUGGCCGAGGGCGGAGAUGGGGCACAGACAGACCUUGCUAAAGCCCAGCGUCAGAUGGGGGUGUUAACAGGUGCACUGAGGCAAAAGGUGGGACUCCAACUGAUCGAAAUUCCAGCAGACCCAGAGCUGCCCGAGAGUUGGCGAAUCGAAGACAUCGCCUUGAUCCAUGGCGACACGGCGCUUAUCACGCGACCCUUCAAACAGCAGCGACGUGCUGAGGUGGAGGCUGUACGGCGGGUGCUGAAUGAACUGAACCUGACGCUGGUGGAGAUGGGCAAUGAGGAGGGCGGGUCUGCUGGAGCCACUCUAGAAGGAAGUGAUGUCCUCUUCACAGGGAAAGAGUUCUUUGUGGGCAUUUCAAAACACACCAAUCACAGAGGGGCAGAAAUUCUGGCCAACACAUUCAGAGACUUUGCUGUGUCCACUGUGCCUGUGUGUGGAGGCUCUCGACUGAAGAAUAUCUGCUCGAUGGGUGGCCCCGAUACCAUCAUCAUCAGCAACAGUGACGGAGCCAAAAAAACACUCAGAAUGAUGGAGCAGCUGACUGAUCAUCAUUAUGAGAUAUUGUCAGUACAGGAGGAUAUGGCUGCUAACUGUGUGUUCAUCAGAGGUCCAGCUAAAGUGGACUAUCUCUUGCAUCCCACCGCAGAGGAGUGUCCAAACAGCAUACCGGUGUUCCAGAGGUUGACAGACUACACUCUCCUACCCACAGCUUACAGUGAAGCUUCUAAACUGGGGGGCACGCUGUCCUCCCUUUGUCUGCUCGUCAACAAGAAACUACAUUACUAGAGACUAACACAUAUUCACUGCAUAAUUUCAUUUGUCUGCACACAAGUCCGUUCAGUGAGGUCUAGACCAGUUAUAACUGGUUUGCGACAUUCAGCAAUUGUCCAAUUGUUGUUUCCUGUGUUCCUCUUAUGCGUUUGUCUCUGUCUUAUCUGUAGGUUUGGUCUGAUCAUAUUUUGAGUGUUAAAUCAUUGUGAUGAAUGACUGUAAAACAAAUAAAUGCUAAUGCAACUUAAUUAUCAAGUUUACAGCUGGUACUGCGUGUAAUUUUAUCAAGAGUUUUUCUUGAUGCCUUAUAGCUUUACAUGAUGCCUUACGACAUUCUAUUGAAAUUCACCCUUAUUCUGUGCUUUGAGUGCUAAUGUUUCACAGAAUGCAUUGCACUAUGAAUAGUAUUUUGAAACUACUUUAGUCUUGGACUAAACUUUGCUUGCCCAUAAACUGCUAGUUAUAUUUUUAAUACAACAUUGUUCUAUUUAAUGCCUGAAUAUAUUUUCUCCCAUUUCUCGCUUUAAUCAUCCACAUAAUUAUGAUGGCAAAAUAAUGAAUACGUGUUCCUCGCACCAUUACUACAUUAUGAUUGUAAAGAAGCCCUUAAAGUCUAGGCCAGUGUUUCUCAAUCCCCAGCACUGAACAUUUCAGAUCCUCCAUGUUUCAAGUUAAAUUUGAGUUUUUUUAAAACACAUUUGGAUUUGUAACAAACUCUUGAAAUAAAGAGCUGAUCAGUGUAUAGAAUUCAGGCACUUUAACACUUAGAACUUCUAGAAAGCAUUGUUAAAAUAUCCACACAUAUUAUUUGAAUUGGUGUAUGUACAUGCAACAGAAGAUUGGUCUUUAUUUUUUCUUCAAGUAAUGAAAAUUUCCAGCAAGUCUGUUGCGUUUAAUAGAACUUGCUGCUAGAUAUGCAGCUGAUGGAAAUUACAUUAAUCUUUUAUUUUUUUCAUAUAAAAUGGCUUACUCCUUUGUCUUGCUAAGGCUAAUUUAAUCACUAACAUUUUAUGUAUCAUUUACACACAAUUUAAUAUUUUUACACCGAUUCAUUUGGCAAAAUCACAGAUUGAUUGAAAAUAAUGGCCAAUAAAUUCUUCAGCUCAAAAGUGAUUUCA